GGAAAGUUAAAGCCGUCUGUUAGUUUGUAUCGAGUGGAGCUGAGUUGGAAGUAGGUUAUAGUGUCUGUCACAGGAGGAUGAAGAGCUUCGUGCCCUUCCUGGUGCUCGUGCAUGUUUCCCAUCAUGCCUCAGGGGUCGAGGUGCAUCAGGUGUAUGAGGGGGAGGAGUCUGUCCUGCUGCCCUGUCAGGUACCUUUUAAUCUUUCCAGAAACUCCACAGCAGUGGUCUGGGACCGUGAUGAGUUCAAGAUCCCAACAGUCCACAUGCGUGUGCAGAGCGGAGGUGAUAUUCUAAACGAUCAGAACCAUCGUUACGCCAACCGAACAUGGAUGGAACCCCGCGCCCUGCAGACUGGAGACCUCAGCCUCACCCUGAGGAACCCUACGGUCUCUGAUGGUGGAACCUACACCUGCAUCGUCCGCAAAUAUGGACAAGAUCAGAGCAAGACCCAUGUGCAACUAAAGGUCAAAGAGCGUCCUCCGACUUGGCUCUGGGCUCUCUUUGUUGUCCUGGCUAUCUUGGCUCUCCUGGCUGUCAGCAGUGGGAUCUCCAUGUGGUAUAGACAUAAAUGGAUGAAACGCCCAGCAGACAGUCAGGUAUUGAUGGUGGAAUUGUUGGAGGGAGAGAAAAGGUCUGUCCUGCUGCCCUUUAAAACCACAGAGGAUCUUCCUCAGGAUGCCACAGUGGAGUGGAGACUCACUGAACCCAAACACAUGAAGGUCCACGUGUAUGAAAGUGGAAAAAAUCAGCCAAACAAACAGGACCAGGUGUACCAAGGCCGCACAGAGAUGAAUGAAGAGCCACUGAGAGAUAAAGACCUCAGUCUGAAAUUAAAGGAGCCCCGUGUUACUGACACUGGAGUCUACACCUGCACCGUCAGCAGCAAGGAUGGAAGCCUCCUACUUCAGAAAGUGGUGUCUCUCACUGUCAGAGAGAGCCAGAUGGAGACGGUGGAGGUGACAGAAUGGAACAAGUCUGUCCUGCUGCCCUUUAAAACCAAAGAUGACCUUCCACAGGAUGCCACAGUGGAGUGGAGACGCUCAGACUCCAAACACAGGAAAGUUCACAUGUUUCAGAGCAGCCAGCACGUUUCAGGUGAACAGGACAAGAUUUAUAAAGAUCGCACAGAGAUGAACAAAGAGGCACUGAGAAUCGGAGACCUCAGUCUGACCCUGAAAGACCUCCGACUAACUGACAGUGGAGUCUACACCUGUACUGUCUACACGCAUGGAAAAGUCCUAAAACAGAAAGUGGUGGUGCUGAGUGUCAGAGUCUACGAGCUUCAGACAGUGGAGGUGACACGGGGGGUGAAGCGUGUUCUGCUUCCCUUCAAAACCACAGCUGACCUGCUUGAGGACAUCAGAGUGGAGUGGAGACGUUCAGACCUUGAAGAUGUGAAGGUCCUAAUGUAUGAGAACCACCAAAACAAGCAUGAAGAGCAACACCAGGACUAUCAAGGCCGCACUGAGAUGAAGGAAGAACUACUGAGAACCGGAGACCUCAGUCUGACCCUGAAUUACCCUCGACUUACUGACAGUGGAGUCUACACCUGCACCGUCUACAAAAAAGAUGGAGCCAUCCUGAAACAGAAAAUAGUGAUACUCAGUAUCAGAGACUACCAGGUGGAAAUAGUCGAAGUAACAAAGGGGAAGAAGUCUGUGCUGCUGCCCUUUAAAACCACUCCUGGUCUACCCGAGGAUGUCACAGUUGAGUGGAGGCGUGCUGAUGCCAAAGACGCUGUCCACACCUAUCAGGAUGGCCAAAACCAGCUAGAAGAACAGGGACCGGAUUACAGAGGUCGCACAAAGAUGAAUGAAGAGCCUCUGAGGACUGGAGACCUCAGUCUGACCCUGAAAGAUCUCCAAAAAAACCACAGUGGUUUCUACAUGUGCACAGUCUCCCAGGGUGAAGACAUCCUGAGACAGAAAGGAGUGACGCUUACUUUCAGAGGAAGACAUGGUGCAAGCUUUACAGAGCGGUUUCAAGGCUUCGGAAAUAAGAGAAAAUCCAUGACUGAUGGACCUUCUUCCUCUGUGAUUCAUGAAUCUAUUCCACUCACUACUACAGAAACAACUUCAUGUUAAAUGGAGGAGAAGAGCCGGCAGGCUUCUACACUUCUGAUUGGCCCAAAUUUCUACACUACUAGGAUUUGGCAUGUCCUUGGCAACGUUCACAUUUUUGGUGUUUAGAUGUGGACGGAUAUAUUUCUUUUCAAAACUGCACGUGUGGAUAGGAUUUUUUUUUUUUUUUUUUUUUUUUUUUAACUAAAACCGAAAAUCUCUGUUUUAAAAAAUACUGUGUGGACGUAGACUAUGUGUGAUCCAGUGUGUAUCUCUGACUGACUCUUCUCAGGAAAAGGCAGUUACCAGCUGUUAACUACAUAGAAAAGGAUCCUGGUGUUAUUUCUCUCAGAAACAGUUCAUAACUUCCCUUCAACUCAUUCAUGUCACCUACAAGAUAAACCUGUUUCUGGCGGAAAUUGGGAGAUAAACAAACAAGAGAGACAGGCUUGCGACAGAAAAGCCGAUCAGCUGAUCAUUGAUCAGUUUCAUGAAUGAAGUAGCAACAGGAGAGGGAGGGGGAGAGAAUGAGAGAAGAGGCAGCUGACAGCGUAAAGACACAGAAUAGCUCCAGCUUUGUGUCUUUUUUUUUCUAUUCUAGCUGAAGUACGGGACAAACUGUUCCUUUUCAAUUCAAUAUGAAACGCCUAAUAGUUUCUCAGGACGAUUCCAUUUUUUACGGGACGGUUGGCAACUCUACUAACUAACCUUAUGAAUAAAAAAAGUUCACUAUCAGUAACAUCAUAGCACCCACCCAGCUGUGUAGAAACUCCGUCAU